AUGGAUGGAUACUGUGGUAGGCCGAGGCAAAACAUGUAUGACAUGGCAAACAUGUAUGACAUGGGAUUGACUGACUGGAUUGACAUUAAGGUCUACAAAUCCCUCGUCACUCCUACGAGAUUAACUGUUCUGACGAUAUGGAUGAGAUGGAUUGAGGUUGGGCGAGGCGCAACUUGCAUGGGUGACAUGGCGUUGGCUAUUGUUGUGUCUUGGGAUGAGGUGUCUCACUGUUGGGCAAUUCCCCUGCUUAAGGUCUUCAAAUCCCUCGUCAGCACUUCCGUUCAACUCAUGGAGUCACGAGAUGUGGACAUGGAUUGUGGUUGGGCGAGGCCCGAUAUGUCUGGGUGA